CGGGCCAGGGCGGAGGGGACACGCCUCUCCCGGCCGUGUCGGGGGCCGGCCCGCGUCUGCGCGUCAGCCUGGCCCCGGCCGGGCCCUGCGCCGCUCCCGCCCGGUCCAGGUGGGCCCGCCCGGUGGUCCUCGCUGCCUCGUGUCCCUCCCGCGUGCGCGUGCGGACGCCGGCCUGGGUCCCGCGCCUCCCGCCCGCCACUGUGUCCCUGCAGAGCCGGGGUCUCGGAGCCCAAGCCCCUUCUCCAGGAAACUGGGAGAUGUGCCCUACUCCGGCAGCACCGCGCUGAGAGUCUGAGGCCCACCCGCGCCCGCCCGCCCGCCAUGUCUCAGAUGCUGCACAUCGAGAUCCCCAACUUCGGGAACACCGUGCUCGGCUGCCUCAACGAGCAGCGGCUGCUGGGCCUCUACUGCGAUGUGUCCAUCGUGGUCAAGGGCCAGGCCUUCAAGGCCCACCGCGCUGUGCUGGCCGCCAGCAGCCUCUACUUCCGCGACCUGUUCAGCGGCAACAGCAAGAGCGCCUUCGAGCUGCCGGGCACGGUGCCGCCCGCCUGCUUCCAGCAGAUCCUGUCCUUCUGCUACACGGGCAAGCUGACCAUGGCAGCCAGCGAGCAGCUCGUGGUCAUGUACACGGCCGGCUUCCUGCAGAUUCAGCACAUCGUGGAACGCGGCACCGACCUCAUGUUCAAGGUGAGCUCGCCCCACUGCGACUCGCAGACCGCCAUGAUCGAGGACGCCAGCUCCGAGCCCCAGAGCCCCUGCAACCAGCUGCAGCCGGCUGCCACCGCCGCCCCCGCCUACGUCGUGUCUCCGUCCGUGCCCAUCCCACUGCUGACCCGUGUGAAGCACGAAGCCAUGGAGCUGCCGCCAGCCACCGGCCCAGGCCUGGCCCCCAAGCGCCCGCUGGAGACGGGGCCCCGGGACGGUGUGGCAGUGGCGGCUGGUGCCACCGUGGCCGCUGGCGUGGCUCCUCUCAAGCUACCCCGAGUCUCCUACUACGGGGUGCCCAGCCUGGCCACCCUCCUCCCCAGCAUCCAGCAGGUGCCCUACCCCCAGGGGGAGCGGACCAGUCCGGGGGCCAGCAGCCUGCCCACCACCGACAGCCCCACCUCGUACCACAAUGAGGAAGAUGAAGAGGAUGACGAGGCGUACGACACCAUGGUGGAGGAACAGUAUGGCCAGAUGUACAUCAAGGCCUCCGGCGGCUACGCAGUGCAAGAGAAGCCAGAGCCGGUGCCACUGGAGAGCCGCUCCUGCGUCCUCAUCCGCCGCGACCUCGUGGCCUUGCCCGCCAGCCUCAUCAGCCAGAUUGGGUACCGCUGUCACCCCAAGCUCUACUCAGAGGGGGACCCCGGGGAGAAGCUGGAGCUGGUGGCAGGCUCCGGAGUCUACAUCACGCGCGGCCAGCUGAUGAACUGCCACCUCUGCGCAGGGGUGAAGCAUAAGGUCCUGCUGCGGAGGCUCCUGGCCACCUUCUUUGACAGGAACACACUGGCCAACAGCUGUGGGACGGGCAUCCGCUCGUCUACCAGCGACCCGAGCCGCAAGCCGCUGGACAGCCGUGUCCUGAAUGCUGUGAAAUUGUACUGUCAGAACUUCGCCCCCAGCUUCAAGGAAAGCGAGAUGAACGUGAUCGCCGCGGACAUGUGCACCAAUGCCCGCCGUGUCCGCAAGCGCUGGCUGCCCAAGAUCAAGUCCAUGCUGCCGGAGGGCGUGGAGAUGUACCGCACCGUCAUGGGCUCCGCGGCCGCCAGCGUGCCCCUCGACCCCGAGUUCCCGCCCGCCGCGGCGCAGGUGUUCGAGCAGCGCAUCUAUGCUGAGCGUCGGAGCGACGCUGCCACCAUCGUGGCUCUGAGAACUGACGCUGUGAAUGUUGAUCUGAGUGCUGCCAACCCUGCCUUUGAAGCCGGUGAGGAGGCGGACGGGGCCGGCUCGGUGAUCCAGGAGGUGGCCGCUCCCGAGCCGCUGUCCACUGAUGGCCAGAGCCCCCCGCAGCCCUUCGAGCAGGGCAGCGCCAGCUCCAGCCGGCCCCAGACGCCGGCGGCCGCGGCCAGGAGGCCGGAGGGUACCUACGCGGGGACUUUGUAAGAGGGUCGCGCCAACUCGUGAGGGACCGAGUACUAGAGCUGCUUGCAUGCGAUACUAAUACAAACAAAUGUGAUCAAGCCACUUACCUACUGAACUGCUACUGUUGCCUGAAAACAAUGUGAUUUUUAUCCUGCUCGUAUUUAAAUUGAUGAAGGAAACAAAUUCAUUCAUUAUACUGUAAACACUUAGGCCACUGGCAACCUCUGUGCGAGGAAGGUCCCAGGGCUCCUUUUUGAUAUUCAAGAGGUUAGUCUCCAAGUUGUAGCUUCCCUCCCCCGUCCCGGGGAGGGGCAAGAGGCCGCCGGGCCCCUGGUGCCCAGCCCUGCCCCGUCCUCAGCUGCCCUACCGCUCCUCCUGCCCGGGCUCACGGUGGCCUGCCGCUGGGGACAUGUGUCCGCGAUGCUCCUUUCCUUGCCCAUGGAGACCCCUCUGGGGCAGUCGGGCAGGGCUGGGCCCCAGGGGCCUGACUCCUCUUGUUUCUUCUUCCUGAGACUCCAGGGUCAGGCCCAGCGGGUUCGCCACCUGUGUGGGGUGUGCGUGCGUGUGUGUGCGUGCAUGUGUGUGCGAGCGUGCAUGUGUGCAGGGAGAAGUGGUGACGUGCGAGGGCCGCGCUGGCCACUGUGGGGUGGAGAAAGGGCACCAAUGUUCUCCUCCACCCCCUGCUCACGCUCUGGCCAGCCCCUCUCAGCUCUGUGGCCCCUCAGUCCACCUGGAAUCCCCGGGGGCUGUCUGCUGACCCCCAGGCCACCACAGGUCACCGCAGGCCACGCCAGCAGUCACAGCCCGCAGUGCCCUCUGCCUCCUCAGCCACUUUGCGACUAUGCUUGUUUGUUUCUGUUGUUUUGUUGUAAUUCAGACCUAUUUCAUAUAUGGUUUGGAAACUUUCAGACCCAAUAGAGCAAAAAAUUUGGGAGGGAUGGGUAUCCCUGUCCCCGGCCUGUCAUGGCUUGGGGAUGGGUCAUCUGCGGCAGUCAGGGUGCAUAUCCAUGUCCCCUCCGUCCCAGGCAGGGUCCACUCCCUUUCCACGAGGAGUAUAGGAGGUCCCAGGGAAACACUGAGCUCAGGAGCCUGGCCUGGGGAGGAAGGGGGCUCUGUUGGGGGUGAGAACAGCAGCCUGGGCUGGGCCAGGGCUGCAGUGAGACCCCCUACCCCCCAGGCUGGGCUCCCCAACAUCAUGCUCUGUUCCUUGGGCUCCACCUCUGAGGGUGCCCAAGGCUGCAGAGGGUGGGCAGCCAGCAUGGGCCUCCGUUGGGGCAGUUUGCAGGUGUGGAUGCCACGAGGGGAUCAGAGUCAGGAACGGGGUGAGGGGGGCAGAUAGAUGGGCCGGCUGGUUUGAGGCUGGAGUGCUCACUUUGAAGUUUGACUGAAGCUUAGUUACUGUUUUGAAGUGAUGGGGUGGGGGUGGCUGUGUGAAGUGCUCGUGUGGUCCUUUGCCCUGGUGCCUCUUCCUUUCAGUUUGGGGGCACUGAGCCCUUGUCCAGGGACUGCCUCCAGAGGUCCAGGCAGCUCCCCAGGGGUGGUCAGAGGAACCCCCCUCAUGCCAAGACUUGACGGAUCUGUUGCUCCCCCCUGCCCCUCCAGAACUCACCUCCCAGCUCACGGUGCAGAGCAAGCCCCUCCUGCUGUGUGCACGCAGGCUGGGCAGGCGUCUCGCCGCCACCCAACCAGCACCCUCCCACGACCCACAAAAUUCCCUCAGCUGGAGGGCCAUGUGCUGGGUCCUGCAUGGGAACCUGGGGUGCCGGUCAGAUGCUUUCCCACUGUGCUCCUCGUUUCUGUUGACACCACCCUCCCCUGUGGAGAGGCCUUGGGGGGACCUCACCGGAGGGGCUUCCUCCAGCCAGGUCAACUGUGUGCCUGCCCUCCAGAAAGAACUAGUGGCUUCCAGAGAGGGGGCAGGUGGACCAUGGGCACUGUGGGAGCACAUUUCGGCCCCUCUACCUGCCCCUAGGUCCUCAAGUCCAGGGAGACCCAAGGCGCAGAGGGGCACGCAGCUCCCAUGUGGACUCAGAGCCACCUGGCCCAGAGGUGGGCCUCUCUCUGCCUCUUCCUCCCUUGUCUUGGGCCCAGGUGGGGUUGGAGCCUCAACAGGCUCCCUGGGAACCUGGACCAAGCCUUCCUUGGAGCUGGGAGGGGCCCAGGGGACAGAGGGGGAUGGGUAGGUGAGGUUGAGCCGCAUCCACGUCCCCUCUGGACUUUCUGCACCUGUCCCUCCCAAUCCAAAUUUGCACUUUAAUUUGACCAUCCCUGGGGACCUUUGGGAGACAGACCCACCUGUCCUGGCUAUUGACAGAAGGGCUGUCCCCCCCGACUCCAAAGUGGGCACGGCCUCCCGCCCUCCCCUAGGACAGGGAAUGGUGCCGCUGGCCGCUGGAGGAGGUGGUGGCCACACAGAGAAUGCCUGACCACUGCUCAGGCGAGCACAAUGUCCCGUGACCUCGUUCCCUAGUUGUUUAUAGUCGCCGUCUGUUUUGUUGUUCUGGGUAAGGAAGGCAAGAGCUGUAGGUAAAACUUAAUAAUAAUUAAAUGUGAAUGGUUCUGAGCUCUCCUGUGCCCCGGGUGGGCCAGGCUGAGCAUUUUGCACUAACGUGUCCCGCGGUGGACGUGGGUCGGGAGCGUUUGCGGACGUGCAUGGCCGAUGAUUGUACCUGCCAGGUGUGCUCCCUCCGCAUCCUGAAUGUACCAUGUGGCGGGCGGGCGGGUGGUGGCAGCGGGCCUGGGCUCGGAGGGGCCUUCCAGAGUGCCUUAGCAUUUUCUGAUCAUUUUUCCCAAGGAAAACCAAUUAAGAAAAUCGGACCCUCCCCCCUCCUUUGUUUACAAGAUGACUAAUUCCAGAAUUGGGGGCUGUCCUGCGAGCGUGACCCUGACUCAUCCGGACCCUGUAGACGAGAGACGAGCCACUCAGUAUUUAUGAGAUGUCUGCACCUUUAUUCCUAAGCUUGACUAUAGCAAUAUGCAUAUACUAUAUAGAGUCUAUUACAGAGCUAAGUUAUAUCCGCGCCUUUUCUAGGACAGGGGACUGGACCUCGGCGGAGCUGCUGACGUGGGGGUCGGCCUGGGAUCCAUCCCCGCCCUCCCCUCCUCUCCCAGAGGGGAGGUCCAAGGAGCCAGCUGGCCGCUUGCAGAAGGUCCAGGAGAAGGGCUGGGGGACAUGGCUGGUGCCAUGAGCUGGGCGGAGGCUGGCGCUCCGGGUACUAGAAUUCUGUCAUCUUCUCUGCGCUGUGUCCACUCAGCCUGGAGUGCCGUGUGGUGGCCUGACUUCGUGUUUGGCUUGGUUGUCUGCCUGCCCCCAAAUGUGGAUGAAGUGUGGGUAUGAGGCAAGCGGGGAGAUGCCUCCCUGGCAGGACCUGCCUGGUGUCCCCGGGUUGGGUGACUUCGGGUGGGGGCUGGAAGAAGGUAAAAACAGGUUGUCUGGUUGUAUGUCUCCUCCAGGAAAAUGCACUCUUUGGUGUGUGUGUUCAGAACUGGGAGGAGGGCACGAGGUGGGGACAUAAGGGCAGAUCACCCACCUCGGAGGGGACUCUGGUGGGCCUGGACCUGACCUGUCCUCAUUUAGCAGCCGGAACUUUCUAGCACUGGCCCAGCGUACCCCCCACCCCGUUGUCAUUUACUGCUUGGGUUCUCCUCAGAUGGGUUAUUUUUAUGGAAAUAUCUUUACUGCAAGUUGAAAAAGGCCUACAGCCCAUUAACCAAGUGAAACUCAGAGAAAGCCUCUGCCUGCCUCUGCCAGCGGUGACUCCUGAGCACGGGGCCGAGCGCCAGCCGUCUUCUGCUUUAACUACUGUCUCCGAGCGUCGCUGCUGCACGAUUCGUCAUUCUGUCAGCCAGCCGGCUCCAUGCGCCGUCACGGAGCGUUCAGGGCUUGGUGCAAGAUGUUUCUAAAAUGGCAAAGGUUUUUUGUGUUUGUUUGUUUGUUUGUUUGUUUGUUUCUUUGAAAAGAAAAGUCACGCAGUAUCUAAAGCGUUUGUUUUGGACGACCUGCCUGCCUUCUGAUCAGCCACGUCCAUUGUUAGCGUUUUGCACGUGAUUAUGAUUUUUAUGUCAAAAGAAGCCAAAACUUGCAAUACUAUUUUUAGCAGACAAAAAGAACUAUGUAUAAAUAUUUUUGACUUGAACAUUUGGAUGGCACUGGGUGCAAAUAGAACAUUCAUCCUUUGGACAGAAUGUUUGGAAAAAAGACUUUUAAAAAGGAGACGGUUGUUUCAGAGAAUCUGUUUAGGGAUUAAAGUAGUACUGUAACUCAUGACUGUUAAAAAAUAAAUAAAAUAAAUUGUUCCUGUGCUGUAAAGGAGGGUUUCACAGCACCACUGAGUUAGGUUUCAGCUGCAGAAGAUGCUAGCUUUUUUGGGUUUGGUUUUGUUUUGUUUAAGAAGGAGGAAGCCUUUGUUUAGUUCUGUCCUCCCGUUUAUGUGCUCGGUAGAGUCAAGACUGUUACUUUUUAGCCAUGGCUGACAUUGUAUCAAUAACUAAAUAGAAACAUCCACAAGCGACCAGGGAAACCCCGAGGGCUUCAAGCGUGCUCAGAGCCAUUUCAUAAGGUGGAAAUCCAUUACAGACAAACAAAAGGAUGUGAUCAUUCAUUGUAAAGCGCUUUGUAAAAUUUACAUUUACAAAAUAAUAAAGUCAGUUCAAACCGA